AUGGCUUCUAUACAACGUAUCAAUAAUUUUAUCAAUGGACAAUUUGUAUCGACAGAAGAUUAUUUAAAAAGUUUUAAUCCAACUACUGAAGAAGUUAUUGCUCAUAUUGCUGAUAGUUCAGCAGAAGAUGCUGAACGAGCUGUUCAAGCUGCUCGACAAGCAUUUCCUUCAUGGAGUCUUGAAACAAUCACCAAACGAGUCUAUUAUCUUAAUCGUAUUGCUGAUUUAAUACAAGCACGUUUAGAAGAUUUUGCUCGUGCUGAAUCAUUAGAUCAAGGUAAACCAUUAUGGUUAGCACGUACUAUGGAAAUACCAAGAGCAAUUGAUAAUUUUCGAUUUUUUGCAACAGCUUUAAUGCAAAGUCGUGAAAUUUUUACUCCACAUCCUACAAUACCUAAUGUGAUAAGUUAUACAGUACGAAAUCCAAUAGGAGUUGCUGUAUUAAUUAGUCCAUGGAAUUUAUCAUUAUAUUUAUUAACAUGGAAAAUUGCACCAUGUAUUGCAUUUGGUUGUACUUGUGUAUGUAAACCUAGUGAAUUUACUUCUGUGACAGCUGGUAUGCUUGCUCAAGUUUUUAUCGAUGUAGGUAUGUAUCUAUAUUAA